UCUUAUCUGCAUUAUUUGUGUGUUUAAUAUACAUGUUUUGGCAGCUGCAGUUGAAAGUGCUGAUGUUGACAUUAUUUCCGAGCUAACAAUCAUGAAGGAACAGUUAGUGGAGCGAGAAAAACUUUAUGGAAAAAAGUUAGCCGAAAUGGAGGACAGACUUCGAACUGCUGAAGAUAACUCUAAAUCUCUUGAAAAUUUCUUUCAAUACAAGUUAGCCGAAGCUGAGGAAAGACUUUAUGAAACUGAAAAAAGGCAGAAUUCUGUAGAGAAAUUCUUUAAAAAUAAAAUAGCUGACUUGGAACAUAAACUGUAUGAAACUGCAUAUGAACACAAAUCUGAUGACAUUAACGAUAAUGAAAAGCUUCCUGAAGUUACUGAUACUGAAGAGAAAUUAAACGACAACGAAAUUGCCAGACAACAUGUUGGAUCCGGAAUGAAACCUGCAAUGAAAUUAUCCAAAAUGAACAGCAAAGAAACAGACACUGGGGAACUCCUCACUACAGAUUAUGUGCCACAAGAAGUGCCCUUGUUUCACAGGAAAUUAAAGAAUAAAGGAAAGCGACAGCUUACAUCUCCCGGAACACACCGAGUUGCAUUUUCAUCCUUUCUUUCUUCUACGAUGAAUAACCUUGGCUACCAACAAACAAUACCGUUCGAUCAAGUCCUGCUCAACGAAGGUCAAUCAUUCAAUACAGUAUCACAUUCUUUUAUAUGUCCAGUAAAUGGGAUAUACAUGUUUCAGUCGUCUUUGCUCUGUGAUCAAGGGGACCACACAGAAACAGAAAUUGUUAAGGACGGUUCAGUGCUUGCUCGCCAAUAUUCAUCUGGUGAUAGAAGAAUCACCAGCGUAUUUGGGCAAGGCUUCAACUCUGCCACUGUUCGGUGUAACAAGGGUGAAAUGGUAUGGAUAAGGAUUCGUGGCCAUAAUGGACACGUUGUACACGCUGAACAGUUUUCCACAUUUUCCGGCUUCCUGCUGUGGGAGAUUUGAAAUGAGAAAACCAGUGGAAACAAAAUGUAAUUUAGACAUCUUCUCACAGAUUUUAUUUUAUGUUCAGAGUUUUUGCCACGAAUAAUAACUAUCAGUCUGAUUUAAUGUCUUGGUUUUGUUAUAAACAAUAUUUGCAUAAAAUAGAAACAUCAUGACAUAAAGUGCUCAGUCAAGUGUAAUUAUUUGUAACAUGUGCGCCAAUAA